UACUUCGAUUAAUGUAUUUUUUGCUUUUGAUAUAGAAAUAAAUGAGUUUUUUAAACAAAAUAACCGCAGGAACUAAGUUUACCAUCUAAUAUUAAGCGAGUAUGUUCGAUGCAAAGUUUGUGAAGGAAAUGUGGAAUUCAGUACAAUCGGACAUGUGGGAUUAGCCUUCCAAAUUAAAUUGAAGUGCCAAAAGUAUAAACCUCGCUACAUAGAUUCGUGUUCAAAAAUAAGUCACCAUAGUUACUGGGAUAUUGGGUAUAGUAGAUAUUGGGCAUCGGUUUUUCAGGAAUUGUAAGGUUUUGCGGUUUAAUAGAUCUGACACAUUUUCUUACUACGACAGAAUAAUUAGAUCCAUGCAGCAAGCAACUUUAGCCAUAGCUCAAUUAUCAAUGAAGAGAGCGGUGAACAAAGAAGUUGAAUUGACUGGUGACCCAGACAGUAUCACAAUUUCAGGUGAUGGCAGCUGGAGAAAACGAGAAUUUCAGUUUUUACAUGGCGUUGCUGUCAUCGGAAACUUCACAGGAAAAGUGCUUGAUGUCAAUAUAAAGUCUUUAUAUUGUGCUGCUUGCAAGAUAUGGAAGCCUUGUAAUGGUACACCAGAAUAUUUGAAUAGCUGAAAAGGCAUGAAGAAACAUGUUCACAGAAUCAUCAAGGAAACGCAGGUAAAAUGAAAGCCACGUGUGAAAUAUUCCAACGAUUAGAAAAGAAAUACUAUAUCAAGUACAAAUACUAUGUUGGCGACGGGGAUGCGAAAACGUUUAUAGCUAUACAAAAUAUACAACCUUACGGUCCAGAGAAAAACCUUACGGUCAAAUUUUCAAGAGAGAGAGUACGUUGGCCAUGUGCAGAAACGUAUGGGUAGCAGAUUGUGUAAUGUAAAGAAAACAGAAAAAGGUCUUAGUGGUAAAGGUAAAUUGGCAGAUGUUCUUAUAAAAGAAUUGACACUAUACUACGGCACUAUAUUACGCAAUCAGAAGUAACGAUACUAUUGACAGCAUGAAGAAUGUUGUAUGGUCAACAUUUUAUCACAAAUGUUCAACGGAUGAUACACCACAACAUCAUUGCCAUGUUGGACCAGAUAGUUGGUAUACAUGGCAAAAAGCUAAAGCGACUGGCACAUUGACAAAGUAUAAACGCAAGUCAGCACUACAUAUCGAUGUACAACAAGUGAUAAAGCCAGUAUAUAAAGCAUUAACUAACGACGAGUUAUUGAAGAAAUGUGUGGGCCACUUUACACAAAACACUAAUGAAAGCUUUCAUUCAGUCGUGUAAAAAAUAGCCUCAAAAGAAUCUUUCAGCGGCAUCGAAAUCGUAGGAAUUACUACAUAUACUACUAUAAUGUUUAAUGAUGUCAACAUUUAUAUCCUCAACAUAGUGAAUGGGCAACAUAGUGAAUAGCAACAUUCAUAUCCUCAACAUAGUGAAUGGGCGCAUUAGGAUUACAAAUGAACCCACGUGCUUUCGAGAUGACUAGGCAGCAAUACAGUAUUCGCUUGGCAGGCGCAGACAAAAAGAAGUUUAGCAAUUUAAAUCAAGCACGACAAGAAAAAAAAGAAGUUCUGCAGCUGCUGUUGAAGUUGAACGUACUUUGGAGACUGCAUCCUACAGUGCAGGAAAUUUCUGAACUGCAAUGCACAUUAACUCGAUUUUUUUCCUUGCAAUAUGGAUGACGUCGGUUGCGGAAGAAUUGCCCGUCAACAAUGUUCAACCUACUAAACAGACGUCCUUAAGGUUCCCAGAAAUACGAGAGAAAAAAUAUCCUAUAUCUUUGGAAUAUGGUGACUUUUCUAAAAGAGCACAAAUUGGUUUUCAGAAUAUGCGCGGUAAUAAAUAUUUCAUCACGCCAAAUGUUGAUGAAGAUUUCUCACACGAUGAGUUCGAGAAGCGUGCAUCGAUGGGAUUUCAGGGAAUGAGAGGAAAAAAAGAUUAUUUAACAUCUGAUUUCAAAGAUUUCUACUUACACAAUGACUACAAAAAAAAAGCACUAAUGGGUUUCCAGGGAAUGAGAGGAAAGAAAGUAGUGUCGGAAGACGGAUAUUAUAAACGUGCUCCCAUGGGUUUUCAAGGAAUGCGAGGAAAAAAAUCUAUGGAAGAAAACACAGGAGGGAAAAAAUCGUAUGUAUUCGAGAAUCCGCAAGAACAUGAAAAGAGAUUUCUUGGCAUGGGAUUCCAGGGCAUGCGUGGUAAGAAAGAGAAUUUUCCAGUAGAGUGGGAGAAGAGGAUUCCCAUAGGAUUUCAAGGGAUUAGAGACAAAGAAACCUUGCUUGAUGAAAUAGAGGAUUUCGAGAAGCGAGUUACAAGUUUUCAGGAUACAAGAGGCAAAAAAGAUACUUUUCAAAAUUACGUAGAUUACUACAUAGAUACUAUGGACUUCGACAAGAGGGCGCUAAUGGGUUUUCAGGGCAUGAGGGGCAAGAAAGAUUCUGAUAAAAGGACAUCGAUGGGAUUUCAAGGCAUGAGAGGCAAGAGAAAUAUGGGACGAAGAUUUGGAAUUGGCACGGUUUUCAAAAUUCGAUCAUCGAGUGAUAAUCAAGGAGAAUGUCAUAACAAUUAUGUCGCUGCAUCAAGGCUUUAUGCUGAACGCUUUCUUCAAAGAAGACAUCCUACGAAUGUAACCAUUCGAAGUUUAACUGAGCGAGCUUGCAAUGGACAUCUUGUUCGUCAACGCCAACAUCGUGAAUACGAAAAUGAUGCGCAAGCUUUGACUAUUCUAGCAGCUGAUCAUCGUAAUCCACAUAUUUACAGUAAUGCAGUAACUCUUAGAAACGGUAACUGUUACGAUACGCCUUCUCUGGAUUAAAACUUAUGUAUCUGACUCUAAAAGUAAGAAGGAAGCCCUCAGUUAUGAUGGUGGAUAAGGGCGUUGCAUGUGUCAAUUUAUUAAUCUGUAAAUCGGUUAAUUAUAAAUCUAUAAUGUUGAUUUACUAUGAUACUAGGUGCUCAGUAACAAAUUAAUAUAUUCUUCAGUAAUUUUAUUACUAGUAACUAAUAAUUUUCAAUACUUUAAUUACAGAAUUACUGAUACUCCAAUAUAACGAUCCUUGAUGUAGUAUUGAAUUCUCAUAAUUAAUUUAAUUGUGUGAAUUAUUUCCUGAUAAUGAGAAAAAUAAGCAUAAAUUUUUUUCAGAGCUCAUUGGCUAUUAGCUUAUUCAAUCAUUAAGGUCACGUAACGAACGCCGUGAUGUGGAAAAUUAUAAAUGAUGUCACGGAAAUCAAAAGAGCGAGGCACCUAAACAAAAAUAUCACUAUAUUUUUCAUAUUAGCGAAUCAUUAUCAACGAAUUUGCUUUCACAUUAUUAACCAAAUAUUAUAAAAAUUAGAACAAACAAUAAAUUAGUUUAAAAAAUGCAGAAGAUAAAGAAGCAAUUUAUAGUAAUCAUAAGAAAAUUUAUAUUUAUCUUUUCCGUUAUUAGGAAAGAAUUCACACCAGUAAUUUAUUAUUGGAUUCAUAAGAAUCUAAUAAUGCAUUAAUGAUUAUCAAUGUUGAAAUCACUAAAUUACUUUAAAACACUAGUAAACUUGUAAUUUUAGUAUUCAAUAUCCAUUAGCCACUAGUAAUACAAUUACUGUGCAAUGGUAAUUUAUUAUUAAAUAACUAGUAAUAUAUUUCUGUAAAGCACGCAUAUAAAGUAAAAAGGAAUUCAAUGAAACAAAAAUUAAAAUGCAAGACUGUUUAUUUUUUAAACAAGACAGUCAAAUUUUAGUUCGUUUGUAUCAUUUUAAUCGAUAAAUUUGUCUUACAAAAUAUGUCAUGUAUAAUAUUAAUUCGUCAAAUAAUUACUAAAUUACUAAGCAAUGAUUAAUUAAAUAUUAUUUUCUCCAGUAAUUUACAAUAAUAUACUUUUCAGUUUUUGUUAGGAUUAAUCAAUUCCAUAAAAAAAAUUUUUUUUCAUUCAAAAUAAUCCGUACAAAACAUUAUAUUAUUACGCGCGUGCGGAACGCGGAAAUAAGAACACAGGGUUUAGCGAAACAAACAAGAACUCUAUUUCUAUUUAUAUAAAAGCGAACGUUUUUAAAAAGCUGAGAGAAAUCGGAGACACGUCCGCCGUCAAGCACAAUCUCUCUCCAACUCUCUGUUGACACUUCGUUGCCGUGACAAACAGCUGAUUUGUUGACACUUCGUUGCUAUAGCAAACAGUUGACGGGAGACGAUCGACUCUUGCGAACGGCAACUGACUUGCGGUCGAGAAGUAUUAUAUCAGGCGGCGCGCAUAACACUACCUAUCUUCUCUUCAAGAUUGUCGUCCCGACAAUCCAGGAGGUAGAUUUAUACAUUCCUCAGGAGAUCCGAGUUGCAGGACGAUUUUUUGCCCUCCCCGAACUGCUGCUGCGGAUUAUCCGGGCCACGUCCACAUGCGCUGACCUCCUCCUUUCCGUUGCCAGCCUUUCUCUUCCGUUUUAAGUCUUUUGCGCUUCUUUCUUCUUGAGCCCGGUCUUGUGCCCUUCUAACUUCUUUCUUCGGGAUCAGGGGGAAGAAGAACUACUGUGGAAUCCAACACUCCAAGGAAACUUUCCCUUGGAGCGCCCUGUCCCCUGCCUCGGCAUUCGCUCUUCGACCCAAGGGAAAACCACGGUUCAAAAACGUUGGGAGUAGACAGUCCCUCUAAAUUUCUCUAAGUCCUAGGCUCCAAUUUCACUUCCUUCUAUUCAUCCUUUCUAUCAUUGUAUUUCAAUAACUGUAACAGAACAAAGUAAACACGCAGAAAAACUGAACAGAAUAAACAAUUAAUUAAUAGGCUCGAACUCGACUAAGUAGUAUACGGACUCGGGCUCAUGUCGGUUAUUUAGGCUAAAAAUCCUACAACUAUAACCUCUCCUGAAAGAAAGCUAAACAAUUUGGGUGAACAAUUUUAUUCUUGGAACGAGGAGAUUUUUAAAUGCAAAACAGUACAUCAUUAAGCCUCUUAACUAUUUUCCAUAGUCCUUCCCAUGGACUCUAUAACUUUGGAGACUUCCCUACAACUCGGCGGAGAUUAUAGAACCAGACUUUCUCUCGCGGCUCGAAGAGGAGUCGUCUAGCCCGACUCUAAACGGUCAUACCAGGACUUCGCCUUCUCAGAACUGAUCUGAAGCCGAUUCCGAGCGGAAUAAUGAACUGUAUCCAGUCUCUCUAAGCCUGGAAACAAAGUUAUUUCUUUCUUCCUCCUCCUGCGUCUCCGAAGAGGGGCACUCUCUGAGAAGAUCCAGAGGCAAACGAAGAUCUUGACAAAGAUACAUUUCUGCUGAAGUCAACCCUGUGGACUUUUGCUUCGAAGAACGAAUAACCAUUAAAUACAAGGGCAUCCAUCGAUCCAAAUCCCUUUGAUUUUCACGAAUAAAUUUUGCACGAAUAUUCUAAAAUGGUACGAUGUUGACACUCGACCUGCCCAUCUGAUUGUGGGUGAAGAGGGGUCGUCUGCGUCUUCCUAAUUACCAUCAAUGUCAUCUCCCAGAACAGUUGAGACUCAAAAUUCCUUCCAUGGUCCGUAUGUAACUCCAAGGGAAAUCCGUGACGAGAAAACAGCUGAUCCACCAAGGCUCUUGCCACCGUACUCGCCCUUUUGUUUUUCAGAGGAAUAGUCUCAGGCCAUUUCGUGAAACAGUCCACGACUACCAAGAGAUAUUUGUUCCCUGAUAUGGGAAUUGGGAAGGGGUCUAGAAUAUCCACCUGUAUUCUCUCAAAGGGGGCGCCAACAUUAUAAAUCUGCAGAGGAGAUUUCUCCUUUCCGGCGGGACCCUUUCUUACAACGCAAAUCUUGCACGUAACACACCACUUCUCGACGUCCUUUUUGCUAGUGGCCCAAUAGAAACAUUUCCUAAUUUUCUGGGGGAUCUUGUUUACCCCGAAAUUUCUUUUUGUAGGCGUAUCGUGAGCCUCCCUCAGAAAUUCUUGUAUUUUCUAUUGAGGAACUACGACCUGCAAGAUGUUUUUGAAUAAAUUAGGUGAAAUCCACUUUUUAUAAAAGACCGUUGUCCAAUGUCAACAUCUCCCAAUAAAUACAGUAAAUCUUCAAAGAAGUCUCUCCAGAAGCAAUCUCCUACCAUUCUAGACGUCUUCCGGCCUCCUUGGCUUGAAUUAUCUGCGAAAUAAUUGAAUUCUGAAGUUGUGCUGAACGCCACACUUGAAGAUUUUCUCCACAAAAAUAAUCCGUCCGAGGGCCUUUUCUCUGGAAGAUUUUUCAUUUUCCUCUACUUUCGCGCAAUAACGACCAAAUUCUUACAAACAGGGACUGUUUAAUUAGAUAAUCCGUCUGCAUUGCCGUCGGCUUUUCCGCUUCGAUGAUGGAUAUCGAAAUCAUAUUGUUGCAAGCGCUCCAACCACCUUGCCAAUUGACCCUUAAGAUCUCGAAAGAACAUCAACCAACGGAGAAGGACAUUGUCCGUCCUCACUUUCAUCCAUAGAGAUAAUGAUUGAAAAAUUUUACAGAAUCUACAACAGCCAGAAAUUCUCGCCGAGUAACACAAUAGUUCCGUUCGGUCUUGCUGAAUACUCCACUGUAAUAGGCAAUCACUUUCUCCUCUUUUCCCUGAAAUUGAAAAAGUACCGCCCCAAUGCCAUGAUUCGAGGCAUCGGUAUCUAAAAGAAACUGUCCUUCUCCCGAGGGAAAAGAUAAAAUUGGAGGAGAGAUCAUAACGCGCUUUAAUCUUUCGAAUACCUUCUGGCAAUCAGAAGACCAAAUAAAUUUACAAUUCUCCUCCGUUAAUUGAUACAAGAGCUUAACCAAAUUGGCGAAACCUUUGAAAAAUCUCAUGUAAUAAGAACAAAAACCAAGGAAAUUCCGUACCUGUUUUCGUGUUCUUGGAAGGGGCCAAUCCUUAACGGAAGAAAUCUUUUCAAGGUCCGUUGCUACCCUCUCUGCGGAUACAACAUGAUCGAGGUAUUUGACUUUUCUUUAAAAAAAAAAACACAUUUACUAAGAUUGACUUUUAAAUUCGAAUCUUGUAAACGUUUAAAAACUUUGUUUAAAUUAACCAUCACCUCUUUGAAAUUUUUUCCGUAAACAAUCAUAUCGUCCAAAUACACAAAACAAGUUCUUGAAGUUAACCCUUUUAAAACUCUAUCCAUAAGACGUUCAAAAGUUGCAGGAGCAUUGUGAAGACCAAAAGACAUAACAGUAAAUUGCCAAAGACAGUCACCAAUAGAAAAAGCAGUUUUCCCUCGAUGCUUUUGAUCUAAAGUCACUUGCCAAUAUCCGCUUUUUAAAUCAAGAGUACCAAACCAUGAAUUCCCUGCCAAACAGUCCAAAAUACUGUCUAUCCUUGGAAGCGGAAUCUUUUAUUGUGACAACGUUUAACUUCCGAAAGUAAACGCAAAAUCUUAUAUAAGGUGUACUAAAAAGAAAUCCAUUAUUUUUGCAUGAAAUUGAAGGCUUUAUUUAGCAUAGUUAAAAUGAUCGGAUUUAGGUCAAAUAUGCACCGUUUUGUUCGAUAACUUGUUACCAUUUUGAAGGUAAUUCCAU